UAAAAUGAAUAAAUUGUAAUUGCUGUUCUCCCUUACCCUUCCUUCCUUCCUUCCCAACUUCUCCUCCUCUUUAAUUCUUUCAACCCAAACACAAUCUCAAUCCCCUAAUCAUCAUGAACUUUCCUCUCUUCACCAUUUCCACCCUUCUUCUCUCCCUAGCAAUCGCCAUUUCCUUCGCCCCAACCUCAUCAACGCCUCACACCAAACACCAAAAUGAAGAAAACCACUUCCACGCUCGACUUCAUCCGCGCUCUUCCCGCUCCCUUCUCUCCAUUCCACCUGAGGAUGCAACUACGGCACUGGUUGCGACCCCGGAUGGGACUAUGCAUUUGGUGGAAACGUCGGAGAGUGGUUCCAUGAGGGCCAUAUGGUCGUUUUCGACAGGAUUGCCAAUCUACCAAUCUUAUCGAGCUCCGAUAAAUAACGAUAAUGGUAAAGAAAAUGCGUCUGCAGCAAUGGGUGGGUUCAUGGAAUGUGGGGAUGACUGGUCAUUGUACAUGCACGACAAAUUCUUUGGUAAAAUGAGAAUAUCAGAAUCUAUUGCAGAAUUUGUAGCUCGUACACCUACAUUUUCAGAUGAUGGAUCCGUAACACUUGGAUCCAAAAGAAGCACUUUGUUUGAAGUUGAUGCUAAAACUGGAUCAAUCAUUCAAACCCAUUGGAUGUCUGAUUUUGAUAAUGCUUCUGCACCUUGGAGUGAUGGCAGGCAGGGUGUUGAUCCUGUGAAGGUAAAUUCAUCACAGGUGCUGCUUAAGAUUUUUAGAACAGAUUAUUCUCUUCAAUCUGUUGGUCCAAGCUCAGGAAAAGUUUUGUGGACUUUGACAGUAGCUGAAUUUGAGGCUGUAUUAUUAUGCCAACAUACCUCUUUUGGUGUAGAGGACGAGUAUGCUUCUAACAAUGGCCUCAACUUUGCAAUGUCAUACCCAUGUCAAGAGAAACAACAAGUCUUCCGUCUGAAGAAGAAUUUUCUGUUUGAAUCUUCACAAACUGAAAGUCAACUUGGGGUUUAUCAUGAAAAUGAUAUGCUCUCAAUGCCUAACUCAAAUCUAAUGCUUCCAUCGCAGCCAAAUAUUGAUAGAUCAUUCAAUGGUCAUGAUGAUUUCAUGAUGCUUCCUCAGCCUUCUGUGGAGGUUACUACACCAGGGGAAGAUUAUCUGAACAUGACAAGGGAAUGGCCAACUCCAUUACCUCUUAUACUUUUCACAGUCUUAGUUCUGGCCUUUUCACUCAUCUAUCCUCUAGUGAUUAAGAAUGAAGAUAUACUGAAGGACCAAAACAGUGAGUCUGAAUUAAAGAGUUCACCUGCUAAGAAAAAGAAAACUCGUAAGUCAGGGAAGAAAAAUGUCACUAUCGAUGAAAGGGAAAAGCACCCUUAUUCAGAGAACAAUGAUGUACCGACACAAAAGGAUACUGAUAGUGAAGUAUGGCAGCUAUUCAAUCAAGUUGAUGAAAGUGUUCAUGGACGAAGAAUUGGUAAGUUACUUGUUUCAAAUAAAGAGAUUGCCAAGGGAAGCAAUGGUACCAUUGUCCUUGAGGGAAUAUAUGAAGGCCGAGCAGUUGCUGUGAAACGUCUUGUCAAGGGUCAUCAUGAUGUAGCUUUUAAGGAAAUCCAAAGCCUCAUUAUGUCUGAUCAUCAUCCAAACAUUGUCCGAUGGCAUGGGAUGGAGUCUGAUAGUGAUUUUUUUUACCUUGCUCUGGAACGUUGUACAUGCAACUUAGAUGAUUUGAUUCAAAUUCAUUCAGAUAUAUCAGAAGACUCUGAGUAUAGGAAAGAGAAGGGUUUCAAAUGUUUGAUAAAGUCCCAAAUGGAGUCAGGGAAGGAUAAUGCGCAAUGUCUUUGGAAGAAAAACGGUUAUCCAUCUCCUCAUUUAUUGAAUCUGAUGAGGGACAUUGUUUCUGGGAUCGAUCAUUUGCAUAAACUGGGAAUAGUACACCGAGAUUUGAAACCACAAAAUGUUCUAAUAAGUAAAGAAAGAUCCUUAUGUGCAAAGCUUUCUGAUAUGGGGAUCAGCAAACACCUUCUUGAAAAUAUGUCUUCUUUGGGUAAUAAUGCUACUGGUUGUGGCAGUUCAGGUUGGCAAGCACCAGAACAGCUUGUUAAGGGACGCCAAACACGGGCAGUAGAUAUAUUUAGUUUAGGUUGUGUCCUCUUUUAUUGCAUAACUGGGGGAAGACAUCCAUUUGGAGAACGUAUUGAACGGGAUAUCAAUAUUUUGAAUAGUCAAAAAGAUCUUUCCUUGGUGGAGUUUAUUCCUGAAGCCACGGAUCUUAUUAGUAGCUUAUUAAACCAUAACCCUAAUCUAAGGCCAAAGGCGAGUGAUGUAUUGUAUCAUCCUUUUUUCUGGAGUUCCGAGAUGAGACUUUCUUUUCUACGUGACACCAGUGACAGGGUAGAACUGGAAAAUAGAGAGACCGAUUCUGAUCUUUUGGUGGCAUUAGAAUGCAUUGGCACUGUAGCCAUGGGUGGAAAGUGGGAUGAAAUGAUGGAACAGGCCUUCAUUGCUAACAUCGGUCAUUACCGGCGGUACAAGUUUAACAGUGUUCGGGACUUGUUGCGAGUUAUGAGAAACAAACUAAAUCACUAUAGAGAAUUGCCUCGAGAAAUUCAGGAACUCGUAGGACCUGUUCCCGAAGGAUUCUGCAACUACUUUGCUGUUCGAUACCCUAAACUCUUGAUUGAAGUGUAUAAAGUUAUACUCAAAUAUUGCAAGGAGGAAGAAUGUUUCCAAAAAUAUUUUUAAAAAAUUGUUGCUUAGUGCCUUGGCAUCGUUCAGAAUUCAGAUGGCUUGAGAAUACAAAGGCGAAUACUGGUUGCAGUAAGAAGCAGAAAUAUUGAUAUUGUGUAAAAUGUAAUAAUGUACAUGUGUAUGUAUGUUAAUCUAACCUAGAGUUAUACGUGUAUGUGUAUAUACACCCUUCCCUUGGAAUGACUAUUCAACAUUUCAAUUAAAUUUA